AUGUUUAAUAAACUGAAAGCAAAAAUCACCAAAAUAGUGCCAAGUUCAUCAGAGGGAAAAGUGAAUGAUGCUCCAACCUCUCCAAAACCUUCAUCUCCACCUCAGCCACCACCAGGGCAGGAAGAAAGUAAGAAGAAAACGGAAGAAAAUAAGGGCACAGGUAAUGCCCAGCCCCUGAAAGAAGACACAGAAAAUACUAACCAGCCUGAGCCAAAGCAACAAGAUGGAGCAAACCCAUCAGAAAAAGAACCUGAGCCCCCUCAGGCUGCCCAAUCAGCAGAACCUGCUGGGGCAACAACAAAGGAAGAGGUGCCUCCAGGGAAGGAGAAGGAAGAGACAGCAGACACAGAGGAUAAACGACCAGGGACACCCAUAAAUGAAUUUGCUCAAGAACAGCUCAAAGAUAUUGUCAGGAAAAUGAAAGAAAGACAAGCUAUUUACAAAGAAAAGCUGACUGAUCCGAUCCUUUCAUCACCGGAACCCAGUCCAACAGCCAGUAAGCCAAGCCUCUCUCCUCCUAAAAAAGCAGAAGAAGUAAAACCUGAGGAGGAACAUUACUGUGACAUGCUGUGCUGCAAAUUCAAGAGGCCGCCCAUGAAACACUAUCUGAAGAAACUUGCCCUCCCAGACAGUAUAGAUGCGUACACAGAUCGCCGCUAUAUAGGAUGGUUGUUCUGCGUUACACUUGCUUAUAACUGGAACUGCUGGCUCAUCCCAUUCCGAAUAACAUUCCCAGUUCACACAGAAAGCAACAUGAUAUACUGGAGUAUGGUAGACCUCAUAUGUGACAUCUGCUACCUCUGUGACCUGUUGUUAUUUCAGCCCCGAGUGCAAUUUGUGAAAGGUGGAGAUAUAAUCACAGAUAAAGUGGAAAUGAAGAAAUUCUACCGGAAUUCAUUAAAAUUUCGGCUUGACAUGUUAUCAGUAAUGCCAUUUGACGUCUUAUAUGUUGUGUUUGGAUAUAAUGCAAUAUUCAGAGCAAACAAGAUGGUGAAGCAUCUCACAUUCUUUGAAUUCAAUGACCGGUUAGAAGGAAUCCUGGAUAAAGCAUAUAUCUACAGAGUCAUUCGAACUACUGGAUACUUGUUGUUCAUCUUGCACAUUAAUGCAUGCAUAUAUUAUUGGGCCUCAGAGUACGAAGGACUUGGCAGCACUAAAUGGGUUUAUGAUGGCAAAGGAAACAUGUACCUAAGAUGCUACUAUUGGGCAGUUCGAACGUUAAUUACUAUUGGUGGACUUCCAGAACCAGUGACCAUGUUUGAAAUCAUCUUUCAGCUUCUGAAUUUUUUCACGGGAGUUUUUGUAUUCUCCAGCUUGAUUGGUCAGAUGCGAGAUGUCAUUGGAGCAGCCACAGCAGGACAGAAUUACUACCGUGCUUGCAUGGACAACACUGUCUCAUAUAUGAACACUAACACAAUUCCAAGAAUUGUUCAGAACCGUGUUCGAACUUGGUAUGAGUAUACAUGGGAUUCGCAAGGAAUGCUGGAUGAAUCUGAAUUACUGGAGCAGAUGCCUGGGAAAAUGCAUCUAGACAUUGCAAUUGAUGUGAACUUUACCAUUGUUAGUAAAGUUGAUUUAUUUAAGGGAUGUGAUAACCAAAUGAUCUGUGAUAUGUUGGUCAGACUGAAAUCCAUUGUGUACUUACCUGGUGAUUUUGUCUGCAAAAAGGGGGAAAUUGGUAGAGAAAUGUACAUCAUAAAACAAGGUGAGGUUCAAGUACUCGGAGGUCCUGAUGGCACCAAAGUCUUGGUCACCUUGAGAGCAGGAGCUGUAUUUGGAGAGAUCAGCCUCUUAGCAGCAAGUGGGGGAAAUCGACGGACAGCAAACGUGGUGGCCCAUGGCUUUGCCAACCUUUUUAUUCUUGACAAGAAGACUCUCAACGAAAUCUUGGUGAACUAUCCUGAGUCUGAUAAGGUCUUAAGGAAGAAGGGAAAAGCACUCAUGAAGAAGACAGGCAAGCCUACUCAAGGACCAGCCCAACCUGUCAAAGGCUUCUCUUUGCUAACACAGAAAAUAGAACCACCCAAGAUGUUCCAGGCCUUGCUUGGUGGGAAAGGGGGUGGCAUGGCUGCCGUGAUCAAGCUGAAAAGAGAACAGGAAAAGAAAGAAAAAGAAGAACGAGAAAAGGCAGAAAAGGAAAAAAAGGAAAAGACAAAAAAAGAAAGACAGCAGCAAGAAAUUCAAGCCAAAGAAGAACAAAAAAAGAAAAAAACAGCAAAAGGCCAAAAGGAAAAUGGUAAAGCAACAGUUCAGGCCAAGCCAGUAAAAGAAAAUGUAGUGCCAGCUCCGGUCAGAGAAGCUCCAGACACGAAAGCUGAGCCACCUGCUCCUAAAGAAGAGGCCGGAGUCAAGAGUCAGCCACAACCAUCAUCACCACUGCCAGUAUCAGCACCACCACCUCCUCCUCCUCCUCCUCCUCGACCAACUCUGCUCAGAGGAAUCACUAACCAAUCCCUUAUUAUUAGCAUGACGCCUUCCACUACACCCGGAGAAGGAGAAAUCCUUACUGUUGAAGUCAAAGAGAAAAAGCAAGCAUAA